AUGUCUUCCGUCGGCACACCCCCAGACCGCGACAACAGCCUGAACGCCCGCGAAACCUCAAUCAUGCGUCUGGAGGCAGCCCUCAGGCAAUCGAUGGGACAGCACGAGCGCGAAAAGGCUCAGUUGCGGGAGUGGCAACAACAGCAACGCCAGGGCAUUGUCGAUGACCGACAACAGCUGGAUCACGAGCGCGGGCAGCUCGACACCGACCGCAAGGCGUUCGAUGCUGAUCGCGACAGCAUCGUGCGGGAGCUUCUGUUGAUCAAGGUGCGCUACUUCAUAGCUGGCAUCGGACCUUUGAUCAGGAACUAUAUCCGUAGCCAUGCAACUCUCGCGGAGGCCGACAACAUCAGCAUCGUCGAGAGCAUCAUGCGAUCGAUCUUCGGCAGCGAAAACCAGGCUACGGUCGGUCAGACUUUGGAUGCUGCUGUUGCGGCUGGAGAGGAGUUCAUGGCUGGCACUACGGCUGGUGGAGAGAAUGAGGAGACGGAAGCCGCUUCUCCUGCGCAGCAACUGGCUGCAGAGGCCCACAUCACCACCGACAACAACAUGACACCUGCUGCGGAGAAGGGAUCUACCCAGACCAUGCAGGCUCAGCCGAGUGAGAAUGAGGUGGCCGGUGCGACUUCUCCAUCGCAGCAACCGCCGUCUCAGGAGUACAUCAUCAAGGACUACAGCAUGGCAGCUGUUGUGGAGGCCGAGAAAGCAGAUUCUGAUGCCCCUGGAGAGCAGCUCGACGAGGCUGGUGGUGGUGGCGCCAAAAGCAAGACGAAGCAGAAGAAGAGGCGCGGAGGUCGUGCCGUGAGAGCAAGGGCUGAAGCGCAUGCAAGCGCACAGCAGGCACAACAGGACGACGCUGCUGCUUCUCCAACCCAGCAGCCAGCCACACAAGACCAUGGCAUCACUGGAAGCAGCUCCAUCCCGGCCCAAACCGCGGAGACCACCGCUGUCGACACCAUCGACACCUUCAUCCGCCGGCCUGAGGCCCAAGCCCUCUUUGAGAAGUUCUGGAGCGAUUCUAAGAAAGAAAAGUGA